AUGCGUUUUUACCUUAUCUUUCUUUCUUUCUUUCUUUCUUUCUUUCUUUCUUUCUUUCUUUCUUUCUUAUUUAUUUUUCUGCAUUUCUUUUUUCUUUUCCUUGUCUCUCCCAUUCUCUCCUGUUCAUCAUUUUUAUUUAUAAUUUUAAUCUCUGAUUUGUUUUUCUUUUCCUAUUUUUUCCUGUUUUUUUUUUUCUGCUUUUUUCAUCGUCUUUGUUUUUGGUGUUACGUUUUUCUCUUCUAUAUCGUCGUUCUUUCUUUCCAAUUCUUUCUUUUAUCGUUCUCCUUUUCUUUCUCUAUUUCUUUUAUCUUUCUUUUAUUUUCCUUUAUCUUUCUUUCUUUUAACUUUCUUUCUUUUAUCUCUCUUUUUUCUUCCUUUUCUCUUUCUCUUUUUCUUUUCCUUUUUAAUUUAAAUUCCAUUGUAUUUUUCGUUUUUCUUUUUUUUUAUCUCUUUGAAUUUGUUGUUGAUGAUUUUUAUCUUUUAUUUCCUCGUUCUUUCUUUCUUUUCUUCUUUCUUUCUGUCUUUCUUUCUUUCUUUCUUUUUGAUUCUCAUUCUUGA